CUAGGUGGCGGUAGUUGUUUGUUAUUUGCUGUUUUUCCAACCGGCAGUAUGUAGCGGAAGAAUACCAAGCUGUUUAAUUUUUUUUUUAAUAGUUAUGUAGUUUUUGUAAGCUAUCGGGAAAAAUACUACUUUAAAAUGAAUAGGGGAAAAAAAUUAAACUGCAGGAGAGCGAGUGUGACGGUGGCUUGCCGAUGACGCCAUUUUCAUGCGACCGGCGACUGCAUUCCAAUUUCCCAUGUGAAGACCUUCCAUUAAGUGUAUCACUUCAUUUAUUUCUGUGUUGCGGGCUGUUUUUGACAACGGAUGGUGCUGUGAUUCGUGGCGGACGGCUGCUGUUUGGCAAGAGACGCACGACAGGAGGUGAAAUUGCUGAUUGAGAAGUCUUCACUUUACGCGACAAGGUUCAAUGUGGAAUGGUACCCUGGGCUGCUGACUAGUGAGAACAUUUUCUCAUCUGUCCGCCGCAGUCCGACCUCAAGAGCCCCAUGGCUGCUCGUUUCUUGGGCCGAUACGCCCGCCUGCUUUGCAGGACCUCCUCCCAGGCCUCCGCCGCCUGCCUGCCGCCGUCAGCCGCCGGCCUGGCUGAGCUGCAGAGGACUCGGUGCCGGCCGUAUGUGUCGGAGAGGUCAAUGAGAGAGAGGGGGGCGCAGGCGAGAGAGGACGCGUUUUUAAGUAUGCCGACACGCACGCAGCUGGAGGAGACGGUGGAAAAGGCCGCGGUGCCCGAGGACGUCCUGCGAGCCUGGGAACAACAUGGAGGGAAUGGAAACCAAGCAGCUUGUACUCUGCUGGCGUGGACGAGGAUUGUGCAGAAGACGCAGGGGAAAUUUCCCCGACAGCUUGCCGCGGACACGAGGCUGCGGGACAUGAUGGAUAUUAUACCGCAGCAGAUAUCAACAGUGUGGAACAGCACCCUCGUGUCCAUCUUGCGGGCUCUUUGGGUGAUCGGCGUCCCCGAAACGGAUCCGUUGCUGGCCUCAAUCCAAACGGAGGUGCUGUGGCGAAUCCGCCGGUUAAGUUACAAGCACCUCGGCUUCCUGGCAGAGUGGGGGACCAGCAGGAAGGCCCAGCAAGAUGUGGCCAUCGUGAACUCGGCGCUAAAACAGCUGGAACUGCGCUGGACUGAAAUCUCAGACGCCAAAACUGUCAGCGGGUUAAUUUCCAAAGGACAACAUUUGUCACCUGUCUUGAUGGACAGACUCGAGGACAAGGCUUUGGAGCUCGCGGAAGGCUUUUCAGCGGAAGAAAUUCGCAAAGUGUGCGUGUCUUUAGCGGCGUUGGGCCGCAGGUCCGUGGCCCUCCUCAGGGCUCUGUCCUACCACCUCCUCCAGAGACCGUCGUCUGAAUUCACCACUCCGCUCUUACUCGAUAUGGCCUUCGCAUACGGCAAGCUGAAUUUCCAUCAAUCUCAAGCGUUUCAGCGGAUGGCCUCCGAGUUGAUGCCCAGGGUCUCUGAACUGACCUCGUCCGACGUCACGCGUUUUGCAAAGUCGAUGGGCUUCCUCAAAUGGCUUCACGUCCCGCUCUUCGAGGCCUUUGCCGAGCAUUAUAUGGAGCACAGUGAGAAGUACAGCAAUCUGCAGCUUUGGAACAUGCUCAUGACAUUUGCCAGACUGAACUUCCAGCCAAGUAGAGGAGAAGAGUUCUAUGCAAAGGUUCAUCCAGUGCUGGAGAACUCCUUCUCAGGUCUGGAGCCUUUCCUACAGACAGACGUCGCUUGGUCCCUGUGCGUGGUGCAGCAGGCCAAGCCAGACUACCUCAUUCCGCUGCUCCAGCAGGAACACGUUGACAAGCUGUCAGACGGCAGUGCAGUUCGAGUCGAAAACUACAAAUUAAAGCUCCUGCACCUCGCCGCGACGCUGAAUUUAGAGCAUCCUGGAUCGUCCUCGGCCCGCCUCGACGCUUUGCACGUCCCAGCCAGCGCUUCAGCUCCUUCCCCGCUGCAGAGCAGCCUGAGGGAGGCUCUGGCCGCUUUGGUGGAUGGCAGGACAGCGAUGCAUCGCACGGGGGUCACCACUGUGUACGGAUGGACUAUUGACUGUGAAGUGGUAGUCGAUAGUGACAACAAGCCGAUUGAAUUAUCCCAGCUGAAAGCUCCUCAUCUUCCGACUGGAGGCGGGAAACAGGCUUUACCCGAAGGGGCGCGGCGGAUCGCCUUUGUAGCGUGGGAAUUCCCCAACUUUGGCUCCAAGAGUAGAGACCUUCUGGGACGGUUCACCAUGAUGAAGCGACACUUGCAGCUCGCCGGCUUCAUCGUCGUGGAAGUUCCUUAUUAUGAGUGGUUGGAGCUGAAGACGGCGCAUCAGAAGUUGGCGUAUUUAAAGGACAAGCUGGGCAAAGCUGUGGCCGAGGAGAUGGCCAAAUGAACUGGCUCGUCUCGAUCGCAGUUGCAAAAUUAGAAGCGGGGAAUACAGUACACACGCACACACAAACGGCGCAGCAUUGCGGGGGGAGUGCUCUUGCACCAACAAACAAUAAAAAUAUAUCACAUA